AAAGCUGUGCACUGUGCAGGGCUUGAAAUUCUAGCAUUCCCAUGCAAUCAGUUUGGAGCACAGGAACCUGGAACUAACGAAGAGAUAGCAAAUUUUGUUUGUACUCGCUUCAAAGCUGAGUUUCCCAUUUUUGACAAGGUGGAUGUGAAUGGUGAGAAUGCUGCUCCACUUUACAAGUUUCUGAAAUCAAGCAAAGGUGGAGAUAAUAUCAGGUGGAACUUCUCCAAAUUUCUUGUUGAUAGAGAAGGCCAUGUUGUUCAUAGUUAUGAACCCACAACUUCUCCUCUUAGCAUUGAGAAAGACAUCAAGAAUCUGCUGUAAGCAUGAAUGAGCAAUGGAGAUUUGCCGCAACAUAUGAAUUGUAAUGAAUAAGAAUUACUCCUUCUUCAUAUUUGUGAAAUAAUUAAAUGUAUUCAUGAUCUAUUCAUAAAUCAUAGUAACUAUCAAUCAA